AAUUUGUAACGCAUAUGUAUGAACUGUAGAAAAUAGAACAGUUUUCUUCUCCAAAUACAGUUGACGUUGAAUUUCUUCUAUAAACCAUACAGGACAAAGAAAGAAAACAAGAGGCCAAUGAGAAUCAGUUUUAAAAAAAAUUAAGAUAUAACCGUUUUUCCUGUGUUUGGCAAAAAAAUACGCCUUCUGAUUUUUGACACUUUGCUUUUCUGAUUUUUAGAUUUUUUUUUCUGAUUUCUUAGCUUUUGAGUUGGCAACCCUGAUCUCGUGUGUUCUGGUCCAUCAGCAAUAUGUGGCAUAGCAAUGGAAAAAAAGAUUAACCCAACAAAAACUCGCAUUGUUUGAAUAGAUGAAUGCUAACAGAAUAAGGAAAUUAUAGAUACGAGCAAACCUAAAGAAAUCGUUAUUGAUACAGAAAAAAGUGGCAAUAAAAUGCACAUUGAUUCCUAGUAAUUUUUUAUUGUGCACCAGUUCCAGUCAUUUCUCAUCGCUAUAUGGUCUGAGGACAUGAAGUAAUGAGAGAAGAGCGGGACGAGCCAAAAAUAACUAUGAUCCGCAUUUUUCUAGGAUUUUUUUCUGCUUCAUAUUAUCAGCUUAUAUCAAGAGCUUUCAAAAUAUAUAUUCGGAGUCCUGAUCAGAGAGCAUUACUAAAAUAACAGUGUUUACCAUGGCAAUAGACUUUGAAUUUUAAAAGUUAUUGUUGUACUCUUGUAAUAUACAAGUUUCUGAUACGAUUUCGGCUCUCUUAAAUAUUCUUAGGCUAAAAAAACGUGCUCAUUGGUCUACAGGCUAUAAAAAUUCCUUCCUUUACUUAUGUAAGACUAGAUUUGUUAAAAAUCCUGAUAUUUUAGUAACAACUUCUAGCCAGAGAACUCAGAAUAUAUUUUUCGAAAGCUCGUAAUAUCAGCUAAAAUAUGAACUAAGAAAAAAUUCUAGAAAUAUGAAGGUCGUGUACAUUUUAGUUCAAAUGCAUAGAUGGAUUAUCUUAUCUUAACUUAUCUCCUUUUGAUUGCCUAAGUCACCGUAGUGUGACCACAUACCAUAUGUUCACCUACACUUUUUACUUAUCAGUGACAGCGUCGGAAACUUUUUUAAUAGUCUUACCAAUGCCUAUUCAAGCAAACAAAAAAUAUUUCAUUCUAUACUAGAGCUGUGCAUUAGGCUACGCUCACACUACAAAGUUUUCAGAGUUAACUCUAAGUUAACUUCGAGAGCGUUCACAUCUAAAUCUUUAAUACACCAAUAAGAUUUUGAUAUUUCUCCUAAAAUUGUGCUGCUUGCUGACUCCAGUAUUCUAAGAGGUUGCGACUUGCUAACAGCCGACCGACUUGAAUCUACGUUCUACAGUUGCCUUUCCAAGCGCACAUAGAAAAAUUGAGUAGAGAGUCAGACUUUUGUUUCUCCCACAGAACUGGCGCUACUGCCCUGGUCUAAUGGAACAAUAUUAUUGGUUACUGAGCUUAUUUAUGACUGGAGAGUUAAAGUUAAAUGUUGUCCGAAACAUCAUUUAACUCAGAGUUAAACAAAAUUAAAACAAACAGGAUAUAGCAUAUAUGUAGCAAUACCUUUUUUUCUUCUUUUCUGCUUCUCUUAGCAUAUAUUUUUAUUACACCACACUAAAUAAAGACAAAAGAAUGAAAUUUUCAUACGCAAAAUUUGUCUAAAAAACGCGAAAAUUCUAUGGAUAAAGUGAUGGACUUUUGUCCUUGGACAUGGACAAAAAAGUGUUCAUGCAGACCUCUAUGCUACACUGCUGCAUCUGUGUAUUGAUAUAGACAAAUAGAGUAUUCCAUGUGAGGCAGUCGUAUAGCCGUCUCUAUGACAACAUAUCUUUAUCGAAAUUGUUUUGCAUCUCUAUCCAUUGAUUAAUAUAAGAGCAUUUAACUGCACCUCCGAUCAAACAUUUCUGUAGCUUCUCUACUAAAUUCAGAAUUUCUAUCUGUAAAUGUUAUUGAAUCUUUCAGAUAAGAUUAAGAGAUAACGAAAUCAUCCGGUCAAAGUUCAGCUAUUUUUGACCGUCUGUGAUUGUUGACCAAGUAGAAGGUCAGUUGACUCGUCCCUUUCUUUUAUCUCGAAGGUCACCUUUGCUAUUAUACUUAAUUUACGAUUGUUCUUCUCACGUUUUUACCUUCUCUCUAUAUACAACAAUUACAUUUUUCUCAUCAUCGUUUUUACUCUGUAUACUGAUGUGAAGAAUUGAAAAUAAAAGGCAUUGUAAAGACACAUAGUCUAUGGCCUACAUUUUACAAAAGCAUUAAAACAAAAUAAACGUACUAGUAAUAAAAGAGAAAAUAUAUCGAAAUAAUUCAGUAAUUUUAUUAUUAAAUUGUUUUAGUAUAAGUAUAAACGGUGAACAAACAUGUUUGCAACACGAAAUACAACAUAUCGAAUUUUGUCUGUACCAUAUCGAUCAAUUUUAGAGCAAAAAACUCACAAAAAUGGUAAUUAAAUUCAUUUUUUUAGACUUUCUUUUUGAUGAAAUGCAAGUGAUUCAACUGAAACCAUAUUCACUGAAUAUAAUAUCUCUUUCACAUCCUUGCUCGAAGCAUAAAUGUAACUUAUCGAUUGGAAGUGCACAGAAACGACUUUUCUUUCCUUUUGUCCUGUUAUUAUUCUAAUAUUGUUACUUAAUUUUCGAUUUAAUUAUAUUCCAUCAUUCUUUUCGACAAUUUCAAAGGGUCUUUGUUUAAUUAGAAAAAUUCUUUAUUCUAAAUGAACAGAGAAAACUCAUUAUGGAAGCGUACUUCUACAAUGGAGUACCUUCACAAAACAUAAAAAUGUGUUACCCUACACAUCACUACAAGAUACCUAUGUUCACAAAAUGAACUCAAACUACUUCAUAAUGGUUAAAAUAUUUUAGAGCCUGUCCACAAUUCAACAUUAUCUGUUCCAUCUUAUUCAACUCCAAUAAACUUCUUUUCAUCGACAAAUUCAAAUAUCAAACCUCAUGUCUUGUUAUCUUCAACAAUCAAUACGAAUAGCUUACGUUUUUUAUCAAAUUCUUCUAACGUAAAAUCGACCUUGUCACCCACAUCUUUACCAUCCAGAAUUUCAUCGCUUGACGAAUAUCAUGAAUUAUAUCGUUUAUCUGUUGAUAAUCCAGAGUUAUUUUGGAAAUUGGCUGCUCAACGUCUUGAAUGGUAUCGGUUUCCAACAAAAAUUAAGAAUACCUCAUUCGAUUAUCAAUCGUCUAAAGGUGUCUCAAUUAAAUGGUAUGAAGAUGGUAUUCUGAAUGUUUGCUAUAAUUGUCUCGAUCGACAUAUUGAACAAGAUCCAUCGUUUUCAAAACAAAAAGCAUUUAUUUUUGAGCAGGAUCAAUACGAUGAACAUGUUAAACAUCACUUAACCUACGGUGAAUUACUUGAACAAGUGAAAAAAUUUGCCAAUGUACUGAAAAAACAUGGAGUAAAAAAAGGUGAUCGUGUCACUAUUUAUCUACCAAUGAUGUUAGAAACAUGUGUUGUAUUACUGGCAUGUGCACGAAUCGGUGCAGUACAUUCUGUAGUAUUCGGGGGAUUUAGUGCAAAUAAUUUAGCAGAAAGAAUUAAGGAUUGUCAAUCAUCAAUUGUUAUCACAAGUGAUUUUAGUUAUCGAGGUGGGAAAUGUACACCGUUGAAAGCUAAAGUUGAUCAAGCAAUAAAACGUACACAAGUUAAAAAGGUUAUUGUUAUUAAUCGAGGACAUGAUGAAGAAAACGUUGAUGUUCCAGAAGUUGAAUGGACAGAUGGGCGUGACUAUUGGUAUCAUGAAGAGAUGGCAAAUGUGUCAGACAAUUGUCCACCAGAACAAAUGAAUGCUGAAGAUCCAUUAUUCAUUCUUUACACCUCCGGUUCGACUGGCAAACCAAAAGGCAUCGUGCACACUAACGGUGGUUAUCUAGUGUAUGUAUCGUCGACAUUUCAAUAUGUUUUUGAUUAUCGGCCGGGAGAAGUUUAUAUGUGUACGGCAGAUAUUGGUUGGAUAACUGGUCAUUCUUACAUAAUCUAUGGCCCAUUAGCAAAUAAGGCGACGAGUUUAGUGUAUGAAGGUGUACCAACGUAUCCAGAUGUUUCAAGAUUUUGGAAUAUUGUUGAUAAACAUAAAGUGAAUAUUUUCUACACAGCACCAACAGCUAUUCGGUCAUUGAUGGCACAUAGCGAAGAUUUUGUAUCAAAGACAAGUAGAAAGAGUUUAAGACUAUUGGGAACUGUAGGUGAACCAAUCAAUCCCGAAGUAUGGAGAUGGUAUCAUCGAGUAGUUGGCGAUGGUAAAUGUGAUAUAAUUGAUACAUGGUGGCAAACGGAAACUGGUGGAUUCAUGAUUGCGCCUAUAGCUCAUGUCACAGAAAUGGAGCCUGGCUCAGCAACACUUCCAUUUUUUGGCAUACAAACACAAAUUAUUGAUAAAGAAUCCCGUGAUCUAUUACAACCACCAUGUAAAGGUGAACUUUGCAUUAAAGAUUCAUGGCCUGGACAAGCGCGUACAAUUUACAAUGAUCAUGAACGUUUUGUUGACGUUUAUUUUAAAAGUUAUCCAGGUUUUUAUUUUACUGGCGACGGUUGUGAAAUAAAAUCGAAUGGUUAUCAUUGGAUUACAGGUCGUGUCGAUGAUGUAAUAAUUAUUUCUGGUCAUAAUAUAGGUACAGCUGAAGUUGAAUCAGCACUAGUACUUCAUCCGUCCGUAUCAGAGGCAUCUGUCGUCGGUUAUCCAGAUCCAAAGAAAAAUCAAGGAAUGUAUUGUUAUGUAACAUUGAAGGGCAAUAAAAAAGAGUCAGAUGGAUUGAGAAAAGAACUUAUUAAUUUAGUACGAGAUCAAGUGGGAGCACAUGCUAAACCAGACGUCAUACAUUUUACAUCAGAUUUACCAAAAACAAGAAGUGGUAAAAUAAUGAGAAGAAUAUUGAGAAAAAUAGCAGAAGGAGAUACCGAAAAUUUGGGUGAUAUUUCCACACUUAAUGAUCCUUCCGUUGUUGACGAACUUAUCAAAACAUCUCCGCGAACGAAAAAAGCGUAA